AUGGCUAGUAUUAUCUUGCCUCAAUUGUUCGUUUAUCCUCUUACCGGCUCACAAGUUGUCCCGGUGAAAAAAAAUGCAUCAAUUCCUUAUAUUCCUCCCGAAAUUAUUCGCAUUAUUCUGGAUUUAUUGAGGGAUGAUAAAAAAACUCUCGCUGCCUGUGCUUUGGUUAAUCAUACUUUUAACCUUUAUGCUACUCCGAUCUUAUAUCAUACCAUCGCGUUUACUUUUCCUCAUACUUUCACACGUUUCGUUAAUGCCACAAAUGACAUUAAAAAGCGUUGUUUUCAAAUGAUUCGUCACUUGGAUCUCUCUA